AUGUGGCUGCCGAAGUCGCAGCCUGGCCCCGGCUCGCCGGACUGCCCUGACCUGCUGCAGCACGUCCCGGCGCUGCGCUCGCCGGCCACCCCGCUGUACCUCAGCUUCUUCGAGGAGGAGUGUCGCGCCAUCGCCGCCCGCCUGCGCCGCGGGGCGGCCUCGGAGCCCUCGCCGCAGCCCAAGCCCCCCGGGCCCGCCACCUCCACGCCGCUGCCCUUACCGAGCCACGGUCGGCUCCCCGACUGGAGCGCGGGCGAUUGCAAGGCCGCUGCUACCCCUGGCCCGGCCCCGGCCCCGGGGGAGCCCGGGUCCCUCCCGCAGCCCGCGGCCGGCGGUGGCCCCGGCCCCCGCCCAGCUCGCCCGCCCGCUGUGUCCCGGCGGGCGCGGCGCGGCCCCGAGCUGCCCUCCGGCGGCGGCCCCGGCACCCCUGCCCGCUCCCCGGGCCGCGGCCGCGCCAGGCUCGCUCUGCCCCGCGAACGGGCCUCGCUGGGGCUGCAACUCCCCGCGGCCGGCACGGGGCGCGGCGCCUGGGAAACGCGGCUCCUGCGGCCCCCAGGGACCAGGCUGAAGCUGACCUCGCCUGCCAGGUCCAGGCUUCCACGUGCCAGCGGGGCUUCGCAGCAGGCACAGCCUUCCAGCCUUCCCAAACUCGCCCCCCGGGCCAGAGCGGUGAAAAGUAAUUCUGCACCUGCCAGUUGCAUCGCGCGAAGCAGGGAAGCACCUGCUGCCAAGGUUGGGAGUUGUAAACAGCCCUCCUCAAAGCUUUCUACAGGAAUUUCUACUGUGGCUUCUCGCUCCUCACUGCGGCCUCCAGAAAAAGUGAUUUCGUUCAAGCGUUUUGGCCUCAAUAGAGAAUCAACUACAGAAGAGCUGGUGUGCAAUAGGACCCGAGAGCUGAAGGAAAAUUAUAAGAGCAAAGAAAGGCUGGUUGCAGCAAGCAUUGUCUUGGGAGCAGGUGAGCAGUUUGGAGGUGUAGAUUCUUGCCUCGUGUUGGGGGGUGUGUCGAGAAACAUGGGCAGCUGCUUGUUGGGCAGUGCUGCUCCCCAGCUGGGCCCUGUCUGACCAGGUGAGGCCCUGGCUGAGGGUGCUCCAGCCUGUGCUGCAGGCAGGGGGUGCUGCCUGCCCAGGAACUGCAGCCGGGCAGCCCGCAGUGCUGAGCCCUGCGAGGGAAGGGAGGCCGGGAGGCUCUCCCCACUCUCUGCGACAGCCCUGUCCCACCCUGCCCGGGCAGCUAUGCCCUCUCUGUGAGAGCAGACUCCCAGCAGCAGCCCAGAGCCUCUGGGAGCAAGGCCAUGCAGGAGCACUUUGUCCCAGCAGCGCCCAUACAGGCCAAGCCAGCAGCAGCUGUUGGGCUGGAAGUGCUGGGAGACUUCUGGCUCUCUUGGACAGGUUCUCUCUUUCCCUGAUCUGGAGCAGCUCUGUGGCCAGGUUGAGGAGGGGCUGAAGAUGGCAGGUUUCUAAUGCUGAUACCUCUCUUCACAGGUAGAAAUGACCAGACAUGGGAGUAUGUGGAGUCCUCUUUGUC